GGUCCUGAUACUGGCACUCACAUUUUCAAGAUGGCAGCUUCCAUCUCAGGAUUAUUAAAACCUUGGACACCAAGAGUGUUCCUGGUGAGAUGGAGCAGAUACAACCCUUACUAUCUUGAGCCGGAGGUCAGGAAGGAGGCCUACAUCAAACCAGAGGCAGAGCUGAGCGCCGAGGAGAAGGAGCAGCGGGAACUCAAAUCGAUCCGACCCAUCAAGGCAGCGACCAAUGAUGUCACCAGCUCUGUGUUCAGCGACCCCGUCAUCAGUAAAUUCGUCGGCAUGAUGAUGUUAGAUGGAAACAAGAUUUUGGCCAAUGAGAUCAUAGCAAAGACGCUGGAGAACAUUAAGAGGAAACAGGUGGAUAAAUACCACAAAGCUCCUGAGGGGAUGAAGGAAGAAAUCGAGUGUAACCCCUACGCCAUUUUUCACCAGGCUCUGGAGAACUGUAAGCCUGUCGUUGGGCUGGCCAGCAUUCAGAAAGGCGGAAAGUUCUACCAGGUGCCAAUCCCUCUUUCUGAUGAUCGGCGUCGCCACCUUGCCAUGAAAUGGAUAAUCACAGAGUGCAGGGAAAGCAAACACAGACGCACGCUCAUGUAUGAAAAACUGUCCCAGGAGCUGCUGGCAGCGUCCGUGAGGGAGGGGAACGUCAUCAAGAAGAAGCUGGAGAUGCACAAGAUGGCCGAGGCCAACAGAGCCUACGCUCACUACCGCUGGGCUUAGAAAGGAGCUUUAAAGACUGAAAUGUUGCUUCAGACUGAGACUGGACACACGUGCGGAGGAUUCAGUGACACAUCAUGUCGAUUCUGUAAAUAGUGAACAACGGGAAAAUCCUUUGGUAAAGAAGUGCUGUAAGAAAAGCAGUGCAGUAUUAAAGGGGAACAUGGAAACAACUUUUUUAUUGAGAAGUGGAAUUGUGUACAAUCGUGCUCUGUUGUACUUUUAAUUAACACAAAACACACAAUUAAGGAAAACUUCAAGAUUUAUUUGAACAAAUAAUUUUAAAUGUACAACCCAGCCAUCAAACAUGGGAUUGAGUAAUGUAAAAAUGUUGCAACAGCGUAAUAACAUUUAUCAACAGAUAUUGCAGUCAGUAAUGUUCCCUGUCGUUACGGGACGAGUUAUUCCUAAUUUCGGAUUUACAUCAUUAAACAUUUCUUUGCCAGAAAUGGAAGCUGCCAAUUUGAAAAAUAAAGUACAAAAAUGUCCAAAAUCCUGACCAUAGCUGGGCUUUUACAUUCUUCUCCAACAUUGGCAUACAAUUUAAGAAUAUUCAAUCUUAUAUUAAGCUUUCGUUAUUUACACGUAAUUACAGGUAGAGAUUUUUCAAAGAGAUGUAACAUUUGGGCCACGAGUGAGUUUGUCUUCCUCUCCCUAAAGCCGUCUCUUAGUUUCAACAAAGACAACAGACUGAUGAGAAGCUGAGCUCGGCUACAUGCUGUGUGUAGCCGCUGCUGCUGGUCCUGAAUUCAAAAGGAAAAAUGCUUCCGUUAGCUUUAGGCUCAUAACUGAUAUCGUGUGAAUGGAGGAUAAAUACCUUAUUCCCUGCUGCAAUGGUGAAAGUAACCAAGCACGUUUAGUGCAAUUUGUGAAGGGAAUAUUACUCUUUUACUGCACUACCUUUAUUUAAUAACUUAAGUUAUGAGCUAUUGUGCAGACGCAGAUUAAUAUUAAAUACAUUGUUUGAUUUUGAUACACCUAAUGCAUCGAUUGGGAGAAAUUCAGAAGCUAACCUGCAGUAUAUAAAGUACAUUAAAUUGAGCCCUGACAGCUGAUCAGAUCAUUAGAAUGCAAUAUGAUAUUUAUGAUUGGAAAUGGGUCCUUCAGCAUAAUGAAUACUUUAAGGUGGUUUUGCUCGUUUUAUUUUUAGAGCAUGAUCAAAGUACUUCCUUCACCACGGUCCUCGGAUGAAGAGCUUUGGAUGAAGCUGCACUGCUGUAUUGGCACAAGUCGUUUUACAACUAAAGCUUAUGAAUCCAGAAAUGAAAUGAAUGUCUGAUUGAUUUAUCUGUAGAAACAGUUUCAAUUUAAACUGUGAGCAAUAUCUUGGUAUUUUAGUUCAGCUGUAACAAAAUCAAAAACAGAAGGUCCCUGACUUAAGACUCAACGCUUCAUCUAAAAAUGUCCUCACUUAAUGAGGCAGUAACAGUAGUCCUACAGACACAUUAGGUUGAAAAAUCCUCAGAACUGCAUUUCAAACUAUUACUAAAAUAUAAAUUCUACACUCAUAUUCAACUGAAUUCAAAAAUAUUGAUUUUCACUUAAAUCUGGUCACAACAACAAACUGUAAAGCAAAAACCAAGUCAGCCUACACCUGACUGGAAUGUCAAGUCCUUUGGAUUUGGUAAAAAAAAAAGGGUGGACUUUGAAUAGGAAUGCCUGCAAGAUCAAUAAAAAAAACAUUUAAAAAAAUGCUCAAACCUUAAAACAAAGUGAACCUGAAUGUGACAAAACCUCGUAACUUAACGUCAACGCCUUCUGAACUAUUGCACAUUCCACCUCCACGGCACCAUGUCUCGG